CCAUAAACCCUUCCUCUCACAUUUUUGUAUCCCUCCUCCAACCUUUCGGCGCCGCUCUCCUACAAAUCGCCCCCAACCCAACGCCACUCGCGAAAUCAGCACAAAAGCCCAGUUCCAAAUCGCAGGCAGCGGCAGCGGUAGCAGGAGUAGGGCGGGUCGAGAUGGUUGGGACGGGCGGCGGCGCGGAGGAGGCGGUGUGGCGGUGGGUGGAGGCCGGCGGUGGGCGGCUGGUGCUGGACGGCGGGCUGGCGACGGAGCUGGAGGCCAACGGCGCCGACCUCAACGACCCGCUCUGGAGCGCCAAGUGCCUCCUCGACUCCCCGCACCUCAUCCGCAAGGUCCAUUUGGACUACCUAGAAGCUGGUGCAAACAUUAUAAUCUCAGCGUCCUAUCAGGCCACUAUUCAAGGGUUUGAGUCGAAGGGUUUUUCAAAAGAACAAAGUGAAAACUUAUUAACGAAGAGUGUUGAGAUUGCACGUGAAGCGUGUGAGAUUUUCCUGAACGGACAUUCGAAUCAAUCCACUCCCAUACAACAUCCUAUUCUGGUUGCAGCUUCUAUAGGAAGUUAUGGGGCUUAUCUUGCUGAUGGCUCUGAGUACAGUGGGGAAUAUGGUGAAGCUGGCACACUAGAGUUCCUGAAAGAUUUUCAUCGACAAAGGCUUCGGGUUGUAGCAGAAGCAGGUCCUGAUUUGAUUGCUUUUGAAACAAUCCCCAACAAAUUGGAAGCUCAGGCAUAUGCUGAACUUCUCGAGGAAUGUAACAUAAAUGUCCCUGCAUGGUUUUCUUUCAACUCAAAAGACGGAGUUAAUAUUGUGAGUGGAGACUCAUUAAUUGAAUGUGCUACUAUUGCUGACAAAUGUGGAAAGGUUGGUGCGGUUGGAAUAAAUUGCACGCCUCCAAGGUUUAUUCAUGGACUGAUACUCUCCAUUCGAAAGGUCACUGACAAGCCUAUUCUGAUAUAUCCCAACAGUGGAGAAAGAUAUGAUGGUGAGAAAAAGGAGUGGGUGGAAUCCACUGGUGUGUCAGAUGGUGAUUUUGUUUCGUAUGUAAGUGAAUGGUGCAAAGAUGGGGCUGCCCUUAUCGGGGGCUGCUGCAGGACAACUCCAAACACCAUCAGGGCCAUAAGUAGGACUCUUAACCAAGGCGACAAGGCGCGACAGUUUUCUGUGGCGUAGAGCUGUGCUCUCCUUUCAGAUGCGCUUCUCCUGGUGGUACCUUGAGGUAUAUCCUGGAGAUCCCUUAACCCGUGGCCUGAUAUACUGUUGCACAAUGUUCUCCUGCAAAUGAGAUGGUUCUGCGCCUAUGUUUCUAAAUAACGGUGUAUUUCUGAGUUCUGAAUUUAUCCUACUUGGAGGUACAGCUAGUGAAGGAUAAGCAAGCAGCAACAAUGACCGGUUCCUCUACUGAGUGAGCGAAACAACCUGCGGCAGAGUUCAUGAAGCUUAGUAGCUAUUAAUAUGAAGAGUUUAAGAAUCUGUAUGUUUUAUUGAUUGAGAGUUGCUCUGGAGAUGUUUUCUUGCAAUAAGCGCUUAUGUCGUCUACGAACUGCGUUUGCUACACCGAUAUAAGCUUAUUACAUAUUCUGUGUCA